AUGUGGCAGACUGCAUUUAACGGUGAACGACAUGGACCAAAUCAAUUUCAUUCGGAUAGCGUGAUAGAUUAUGCACUUCGUGGUCCGAAAUCCCCGAUAAAAUGGGCUAAAGUAACAGAACUCCAACGAGGGUUGUCAAUAUCGCCCCUCCCGCAGCAGCAGCAACAGCAACAACAACAGCCGCCACCACUACUGACGCCGCUGCCUCCACAACCAACGUCAGCACAACAAUCUCAACCACAGAUGCAACAACAACAACAACAGCAGCAGCAAAGACUCCCGACACAACCACGAAUACCGGCUUUGCCAAUUCCAGAGGCGACACAGUGGCGAUCAUCGCAAGAAUUCACCGCACCGGAACAACAAAUCUUACAACAAAUGUUUCACAGUUACUGUCACGAUUUACUCCGAACUAACGGAACAAUCCCAUCAAUUCCAUCUCCACAACAAGUAUAUGCAUUGCUACAGCAGGUGUUCCGACGACCGGGCAACGAAACCAGUCAAACACCCAAUGAAUCACAGUAUUUUGUUGAGGCUAGUCAACCGGUUACCAUAGAGAAUUUGAACAACUCGUAUGCUAUCUCAUCGCUUGCGAAUGAUGAUAUGAAACGUGAAUGUUUGUCUGCCUCACGUUUACCAGAUAUGCCCGUAUCGCACUGUGAUACAGGAUCAGAGUUGAAUAAUAGCACCGAGCCGGGGAACUGGCCCACAUUACUCAGUCCGUCAACAAACUCCAGUCCUACGGAGUUAAAUUCGUCCACCCUACAACAGACUCCAACAGAUCUACGUCAUAAGCAACAUAAUCGGUCCACAUCAAACCCACCUGAUGACGUAUUCACACAAAUGGGACUUGUAUCACCCACCAACACAACACCAACAUGUCCAUCAGUUCGAUUCCCUCCGCGCGAUCCACCUACCAUACCUUCCGCGAUGUUCAGAACCCAGAGAAACUGGAUACCGAUGCAUCCGAGCCCUCAACAAACCAUAGGAGACAAAUUGCCUCCAACCGUUUCUGCUUUCUCCUCUCCAUCGCCAAUACACACACCACCUAUGGAAGCGAUUCAGCGUCAAAUUUUUGAAAAUUAUUUUUGGACCACAGUACAACGACAAUAUUGUUUGUCUGUCUACCAGAAUAUACUACAAAACAUGUUCAGUUCUGGAACAGGAACCACUGCAACCAUGAUGGUGAAUACAACUUCAACGACUGCAGUACCACAGCCGCGGCCGCCGUCGACAACAGAUCAGAUAGCCCAGACCCAAGCCUUAUCCUCCCGUAUCCCAUCGAAAUAUGUUUUAUCUCACCGAAACACGUCGGUGUCAAGCUCACAAUCUAUUUCCUAUUCACCAGACUUCACAUCACCUGUGAAAUUUACCCCCACGAACGGUAAACUUCGUCAUUAUACCCGAACACGUCAGGUGACAACGACCAAACCCUUCGACAAUUCAACUACCUCCGAUCCAGCUGCCGAUUCCACGACGGACGGGAUCACGUACGAGUGCAAACUGUGUCAGAAAACCUAUACACAAGCGUCCGCACUGAAGAUGCAUGUUCGCACACACACGCUGCCCUGUCGAUGUUCCCAUUGUGGAAAAUCAUUUUCACGAAAAUGGCUUCUCAAAGGUCAUGAACGCACCCACACUGGCGAACGACCGUACGCGUGCAAUCUAUGCACCCGUUCGUUUGCCGAUCGAUCGAAUUUACGUGCCCAUAUGCAAACGCAUCAACGAGAGAAACGCUAUUCCUGUCCCAAUUGUCCUCGUUCUUUCUCGCGAAUGGGCCUGUUGAACAAACAUAUGAUCCAGUGUCGAACGAUAACCAAUGAAAAAUUCAAUGAAUUCUCUGUUACCCGAAGAUGUCGUCGCAAUUCAUCCGAAUAUGCCAACUAG